CUCGAGGGUUACAUCUUUCAGCAGUGUGAAUUGUCUGACUGUCGAAAGCAAGCAUCAGCACAAGUCAACAGCCUUCAAGGGGUCUCUUCAGAAGGCGAAAGAAAGACUCGCCAGCGGCCGGAGAACUGUGCCGACCAAGACGGAGCGCGAGCUUACACCCCAAGAAGCAUUUCGCACUUGUUUUCCUACAGCGGCUCUCUUUCUCUGCUCAUUCCCGAUCAAAGAGACCGAAGGUCUGGCUUCCACCUAGAUUUGAACGACUGAUGCAACAAGAUGUCGGCAUCACCGAGUGGCAAUACAUUACUGCUCAAGCGGCAACUGCAAGAGCUUCGGAAACACCCGGUUGACGGCUUCAGCGCUGGCCUGAAAGAUGAGAGCAAUUUGUACGAAUGGGAGAUCAUGAUCAUUGGGCCGAACGACACACUGUACGAGGGAGGAUUCCUUCGCGCAGAGCUGAUCUUCCCGCCCGAGUACCCGCUUCUUCCACCCAAGAUGAAAUUCCUCACCAAGAUGUGGCAUCCGAACAUCUAUGAUGACGGCACAGUCUGUAUCUCGAUCCUGCACGCGCCUGGCGCGGACCAAUACGGCUAUGAGGAUGCCGGCGAGCGGUGGAUGCCGGUGCACAGCGUGGAGUCGAUCUUGCUGUCUGUCAUCAGCCUGCUGUCCUCGGAUAAGCCCAACACGGACAGCCCGGCGAACGUCGACGCUGCCAAGCAGGUGCGGGAAGACUUUCCUGGGUAUAAGAAAAAGGUUCGGCGGUUAGUUCGCGAGUCGGCUGAGGAAGCGUAUUGAACUGCCACGCCGAGCGCACAGCGGGUGCGCAGCUGGUUUUCCAUCGGGCGGUCAAAGGUUUUGAGAUGUGUUGAUCGGAGUCUACAUGCCCGAUUCGCUUCCGGACACGCAUCGACCGUCUUGCUCGACUCUGCGUCGCAGACUGGAUCUAUACGAUAGAUACGUUGACAAACACAGGCUUCGUAUGCGGUGUGCGUUCUCAUUUUCUCUAGGACACAUCGCGUGCGCCUCAGCGCUGCCUGCAUCCCCAAGGUCCUCCCCGCUCUCAGUGGACAUCGUUAGCAUUCGCAUUGCAUCUGUAGCAUCACACUUCACACACCACUGGCUUUGUUGCCUAGUAGUUAGCUCACCACAACCGGUUUACCGAUGAGUAUCGGUGUUCUGCCUUGCCGUCAUCAGGUGUUCUCACUCAAUACCAACG